CCGGAAUAUCGGCAACGGCACGAUACCGGUCUACACUCCCGCCAAGAGCAAAGCGAGAAGCAUUCUACGUGUCUAGUCCAUUUGUCAGUCCUACUUCGCCCGCCUCCAGCUCAAGCGUCUUCCUCGGCCGCUGCAGAGUAAUCACAGUGUCACAGCCUAUCGGCACAGCCUCUGAAAUUUAUCACCAGGUCUGAUCUACAGCAUUGAAGCGAUAACACUCCACCAGGAAACAUCGGAGGAGAAUCAGUACAGUACGAGUAUCAGUAUCAGGACGGGAACGCUUACACGGUCACAAUAUGCCCUCACAAGACGUCAUCAGGAGGAAAUUAGUGAUAAUUGGUGACGGAGCAUGUGGAAAGACAUCCUUGCUGUCAGUGUUUACUUUGGGUCACUUCCCGAAGGAGUACGUGCCGACUGUGUUUGAGAACUAUGUCAGCGACUGUCGAGUGGAUGGCAAGAGUGUGCAGUUGGCGCUCUGGGAUACUGCUGGCCAGGAAGAAUAUGAGCGUCUCCGCCCACUGUCAUACGCAAAAGCACAUGUUAUCUUGAUCGCCUACGCCGUUGACACGCCAGAUUCGCUUGACAAUGUCCUUUCGAAAUGGUUUGAGGAAGUCACUCGUCUCUGCCCCAAUAUCCCUAUUGUCCUCGUUGGAUUGAAGAAGGACCUGCGCGAGGACCCCAGUUAUCAGGACGAAAUGCGCCGAAAAGGUGGUAAGUUCGUUAUGCCAAACCAGGCUGAGCUUGUUGCGAGACAAAUCGGAGCGAGGAAGUGGCUGGAGUGCUCAGCAUUGACUGGUGAAGGUGUCGAUGACGUCUUUGAAGCUGCGACCCGGGCUGCGAUGCUGACGAGGGAAGAUGGACGAGGUCGGGAAUCUACCGGCGGGUGCUGCGUUAUCGUAUAGCGCGGCUACACAAAAAGUGCGGCUCGACGACAGUACUUUGUUUCUUCGGUAUACCCAGGGCCAUUCAAUGGUUCUGCCGUCACAUUUUGGUCAACAACACUAUAGCUUAAUCACGCGAGAGCCAGACGGGCUGGGAAACUUCUAUUGGAGCAUAAAGGUUUAUGGAACCGGGAGGCGGAGUUUUAAUCACACACACAUUCCUUUACACGACAGCGAGACGACAUUCAUUUGGUUCUGAUUUGGAAGAAUACGCGCACGUUGAGGGCGGCUUAUGGAGCUUUUUCGAGCUUGAGCGAGAGAGGUGAUUGGCUAUCGGUAUGCUUAAGGGAACUUCAACG